AUGAGCCUUCUCAACACCUCAACCUUCGAAGACAAGAUGUGUGAGGGGAACAGGACCGCCAUGGCCAGCCCUCAGUUGCUGCCCCUGGUGGUGGUUCUAAGUAGCAUCUCCCUGGUCACAGUGGGUCUCAACCUGCUGGUGCUCUAUGCUGUGCACAGUGAGCGCAAGCUGCACACCGUGGGCAACCUGUACAUUGUCAGCCUGUCAGUAGCAGACCUGAUCGUAGGUGCAGUCGUCAUGCCCAUGAACAUCCUUUAUCUCAUCAUGGCCAGGUGGUCCCUGGGCCGCCCCCUUUGCCUCUUUUGGCUCUCCAUGGAUUAUGUGGCCAGCACAGCAUCCAUCUUCAGUGUCUUCAUCCUUUGUAUUGAUAGAUAUCGCUCUGUCCAGCAACCCCUCCGGUACCUCAGGUAUCGCACCAAGACCCGCGCAUCAGCCACCAUCCUAGGGGCCUGGUUUCUUUCCUUUCUGUGGGUUAUACCCAUUCUUGGCUGGCAUCACUUCACACCCUCACCCUCGGAGCUUCGAGAAGACAAGUGUGAGACAGACUUCUACAAUGUUACUUGGUUCAAGGUCAUGACUGCCAUCAUCAACUUCUACCUCCCCACUUUGCUCAUGCUGUGGUUCUAUGUAAGGAUCUACAAGGCCGUGCGGCAACACUGCCAGCACCGCCAGCUCACCAAUGGCUCGCUCCCUUCCUUCUUAGAGAUCAAGUCUAAGUCAGAGGAUAUCAAGGAGGGUACCAAGAAGCCUGGGAAAGAGUCUCCCUGGGGGGUCCUGAAAAGGCCAUCAAGAGACCCUAGUGCAGGCCUGGAUCAGAAAUCGACAUCUGAAGACCCCAAGAAGAUGAACUCUCUGACUGUCUUCAGCCAGGAAGAGGAUAGAGAAGCAGUCACACGCCACUGUUUUCAUCUUGACAUCACACAGGCUAUGGCUGAGGGGGGUAGCAGGGGCUCAGAGACCAAUGACCAGGCCCUGAGCCAGCUCAAAAUGGAUGAGCAGAACCUGAAUGCCUGCCGGCGGAUUAGUGAGACAUCGGAGGACCAGACCUUGGUGGAUCGACAGUCCUUCUCACGGACCACGGACUCUGACCCCAGCACCGAACCAGGGCCGGGCAGAGACAAACUGAGAAGCGGGUCUAACAGCGGCCUAGAUUACAUCAAGAUCACCUGGAAGAGACUCCGCUCGCAUUCCAGACAGUAUGUGUCUGGGCUGCACUUGAACCGAGAACGGAAGGCAGCCAAGCAGUUGGGUUUUAUCAUGGCAGCCUUCAUUCUUUGCUGGAUUCCCUACUUCAUCUUCUUCAUGGUCAUUGCCUUCUGCACGAGCUGCUGCAGUGAACCUGUGCACAUGUUCACCAUCUGGCUGGGCUACAUCAACUCCACACUGAACCCCCUCAUCUACCCCCUGUGCAAUGAGAACUUCAAGAAGACAUUCAAGAAAAUUCUGCACAUUCGCCCCUAAGGGCUCAGCAAGAGGAUGCCACGUAGUGGAUGGACAGCGUCUGAUGUCCAAGAGGGAACCAGAGGAAGAAAGCGUGGGCGUCACUAGGCCCCUGGGCAUUGGGGAAUAGAAUCUGAGAUCCUGAGCUGAGCAGUACGGAGGUGUUCCCAGGGACCGUCGAAGAGCAGGUGGCGGUGGUUGGCAGAAAGAUUGUACUUUGGGUAGAAAGCAGAGUAUUUGAAAGAAGAAACCUGGCAGAGUAUGCCUGAUCCUCAGGA